UGAUGUGGUUAAUUUCCGCCCGUAUUCCGCCAAGACGCCUUUCAAGUGAACGAUUUAAUAAUCGUGAUCGCAAAUGCAUCGCGAUUCUAAAUGUGAAGUCGAUACAGAUGUCGAGAGAAUUAAAACGAGAACUCCUGUCGAAAAGAAAAAAAAAAAGAAGAAAAAAAACCCACCACUGUGGUUGCGACGGUGACGUGAGUGAUCCGUGAACUGUCCAAUCAGCGGGCUGGCUUGUGUUUGCGAGCCAAUCGGAGAGCAGGAGGCGGGACUUGUCAGAAUGCGGUUAGGAGGAACAAUACGCCUGUCAAAACCAUGUUCACAUGAAAACACAUGAUGGAGAGUCGCUACUGCUGAUAGAGUCUCUGCGUUGAUUAAAAGACAGCUUAUUUCUGUUAUAUGACGAUGAUGAAGGAAAAGAGGAGGAAGAUGAUGGAAACAAAAGCGAAUUCCUUCGACUCUUUUCUUGUCCACUGAAAACCUGUGCUUCUGGAAUUUAGCUCCAAAAAAACCCACAAAAAAAUGGACAAUAAACAGAAGGAUAAGACGAGAAGCGGAUACUUCGGCAAUGUCAAGAACAGGCUGGGCACCAGGCUGCCGUCGGGCUUCACGCAGCCUCCGGGCUUCGUCACAGGGCCGUGGGAAGCCUCAGUUAGCGCUGACGCAGACCGGGACGGUACGGCCACGGGGCGCCAUCACAUCCGCAACCCCAAACUGAGACAGUAUUACCUCAAAGAGGCUGCUUUUCCGUCUGACAUUUCAACCACAAUGACACCGCAAUCAGGAGCAGAGUCAAGCUGGAGAGAUGAGCAAGCGGUUCAUCAGGAGGACACAGUGUUCAGUAUAGCCUCUCAGUUUAGUGGAAGACCAGCAGAUACGACCGUGAUCUCACAGAAAGUCUCAGCGACGCUCCCUGACUUUUCUGAGCCCAAGCUGGACGCCGUGACCCCAACGACCCCUGUGUCCCCAUCCACAGACGCCGAAUAUGACAAGCUGCUGGACGUGGAGGCGGUGCCGCUGCCUGACGGACAGCUCUGCCUAUUGGCUCUGCCGCCCGAGUGCAUGCAGGGGGCGGGGCCAGCGGACCUGCCGUGUCUCAAGCUGUUCUGUCGCUUCAUCACCGACCGGAAAGGCGUGGUUUCUGGCAUUCUCCUCAUAGCAGCCAAUAAGAUCUUCUUUGACCCGUAUAAGUCCCUCCCCCUGGUGCAGGAAAACGGCUGUGAGGAGUAUCUCUUCUCCUGUCCGGUGGACAAUCUGUCGUCCGUCACCUUCUUCUCCGACAUCUCUCACGUUCACUUCAGCAGGUCCACACAGAGGUGGAAACGUCGUAAGAAAGCAUCGAAGGAUAAAACCCUGAAAGACCCAAUCAUCCACAUCACCACACCUCAAUCCAAGAUGGAGACCGCUUCUACGCUGGUAUCUGCUGUGACACGUGACGUGCAGGUGGAAACGGAGGCGGCUGGCGCGGUGGAGGACGAGGCCGGGGAGAGCAGGGACAUGGCCGAGGUGGAGCGACAGCUGGAGCAGCUCGCGCUGGAGCUUAACACCGGGCAACAGCUGUCUUCAGAAAAGCAGCUCUCAGGACACAGCAGGACCAGCUCUCUGAUGUUUGUGAGGAUGCGGCAGAAGCCCCAGCUGGUGAAGAAGAAGGGUUUCGGGAUGCUGGAGCUCGGAAAAGCCAAAACCGGGCCAUGCAGAGAUGCCUGGUUCAUCCUGCAGCAAGAGAGUUCAGACGAGCUGUACGCCUACCUGAGCCACCACCGGCCUGACCUGUGCAUCCUGGAAGGAGGAGGCGAGGAAGAGGAGGCAGAGCGGGACGAAGAUGACUUCGUGAUUCUCAGCGACGGAGAAGAGGAAGGAGAGGAAUCCAACAGAGACGGACGCACCGGAGACGAGUGGGAGAUGGUGUGUGUAGAGGACAGCAGGGUGAAGGAGUCUCUCUCUAUAGACAAAGAGCCUGAUGGACUGAGUGACAUUGUGAAGCAGAGCCUCAUACUGAACGCACAGCACGUCCGAGAGCUGUCGAGUGAGCUGCCUCCUCGUACCGUGGGUCACUCGUGGAGAUUAGCCUACAGCACGAGCAAACAUGGCGCCAGUCUCAAAACACUCUACAGGAAGCUGAGCGCCUCGGACUCGCCCGUCCUCCUCCUCAUCCGAGACGACAACGAGCAGGUGUUUGGUGGUUUCCUCUCUCACCCUUUGCACCCGAGCGACACGUUUUACGGUACAGGAGAGACCUUCCUCUUCCUCCUUCACCCUCGAUAUAAGCAGUUUCACUCCAAACCUGGCAUAAUACAAGAUACAAGAAAAAAAAUAGAGAGCUUCCGUUGGACAGGUGAAAACUCCUUCUUCAUUAAAGGUGACCUCGACUCCUUUGCCAUCGGUGGUGGAAGUGGACACUUUGGCCUGUGGCUGGACGAGUCUCUGUACGUGGGCAGGAGCAGCCCGUGUUACACCUUUAACAACUGCAGCCUGUCUGAGAAGAGCGACUUCCGGGUGCUGGAGCUCGAGGCCUGGACCUUCUGGUGAUCUCGCAGUUCCCCGGACCUGAGCUGUAAAAGGGCUGUUUGGUGGAGGAGUUUUAUGGAGAAUUAGGGUGGAGAUCUUUAAGAUCUGGCGGAGGUUGUGAGGUGGAAAAGCAAUAUUGGAUGAAUUCUUUUCAUAUUGAAGACAUGAUGUGCAAUGCUAAAAAAAGAGGUCAUGCGUUUUACGUCAUUACGUGGCUUCCCGACCCAUGUGACCUCGAUGAAAGGAAAAGACACGAACGUCAAUAAGAAACGAAAGUUCGACUGCUUUUUCUUCUUCACUGCUUACAAGCGUACGCAACUUUGACGAAUAUGGCCGCCAUGUAGAAUAGAACAAUCGUACAAUUAAAUGACUGAAUCAGAUUGAUGGAGCUCCAGCGACCAAGAACCACACUUUUGUCUCCAAUCAGGUGACAAACAAAAUAUUCUCACCUUCACGUCUCUAUACGAGCGUUAAAGUCCCCAUGAAAUAGCUUCUUAGCUGCGAAUCAGUUUCGUAUGUUGAUGUAUUUCCUUCUGAACCAGGAAGCAAUGUGUUGAACUGCUUGACUGAGUCAAGAGACUAAGCCACACCCCCCCACUCAAUCUAACGAAACGUGUCAGCAGUUUAGCGAGCUAGCUAAAUAAGUAGAACAGCAAAGAGUUUAAGGAGAAUCUUUUACUGGCAGAGAAGCCUUUAUGGAAUCGCAUUCAUCCAGCACUCUCGCUCUGUCUGACAAAGCGACAUCCAGCGCUGAAGAGCCAAAAACGCACCGACAAACCACAUUUGCGCUUACGAGCUAACGCGCUGCUACUGUAGAGCAAGUCCUGCCUCCGUAUAUAUGGGACGGGACACGUGGUUCUAGAGAGCAUUAAUUAGAUGACCAUGAUCGAAGUCGAGAUAUACGUCAUCAACAAAAAUGAUCGAAAAGUUUCCCAAAAGCGAAGAACUAUAAAAUUAAAAGGAGAAUUACAGAAAAUUACAGAAAAUACAGAAAUCCAGAAAGGCAAUGAGUUAUUUAUAUUUUUCUGUGCUGUUACCUUGAUAUCACUUGAAAAGGCGACUCAGAAAUCUGCAACUAUAGAGUCAUGGACACUACAGUGAUCCUGAACAGGUGAUCAGUUUCAUUACCAGCCAGACUGAGGGAGCGGGACGUCUCCAUGGUUAUCGCGUGAGGUUUGAGAGAUGCCACCUAAAUGGUGCGAGGCUCAUGACUUUUUUUUUUUUUUUUUAAACCUUCAUCAUAAUCUUCGAAAUAGGAAGUAAUUAGUGCAGAAUCGCCGUAACACCAAUAUAUAACAGUGUGCUACUGUGCUACUGCUACAUGAUCUCGGAAAAGAUACUUUUUAUUUUUUAUUGUGAAAACCAAGUUGUGAUCUGGAGCCAACGGUACAUAAAAAUAAUUAACUCAUGGCCUUUCUGGACGUCUGUAGUUUCAGAAGAAUAUAUUGUGACGUCAUUUAUCACAAUAUUAACAUUAUUUCGUCAUAUUGCCCGGCCCUAAUACUAUUUUUUGUCAUUUGUUUUUAUAUAAAGUACCGUAUUUGUUUUCAUAGCACCAAGGGACGGGUACAAAAACCUCCGAAACACCAAGUUUGAUUUCACUUUAAGAUUCGUCUCUUUUCUGAUACCUGGAUGAUGGAAUGAAUUUGAUCAAGCUGCCUUUAAACGAAGACUGAAUCCCCUGUAAGCACUUAAACAAACUCUAAACCUCCACUGAUGUUAAUAACAAACACACACACCUCCCUUUCAGGAUUUUAUGUUUGUACUAGUUGGAAGAUUUUUAAAAUGCGAUGACUACAAAGCACUUCUGGAGCAAGUAACUGAUAAAUAACCAACAUUCAAAUGCUAAAAACCACUGUUUUAAAAUAUACAAGGGGUAAAACUGUAGGUACAAGCAUUAACAAUGGGAACAUAAUUGUUUUAUGGAUAAAUUAUAAAACAGAUGUACUUUUUAAAACCUGUUUCACCCAAAAAACCAAGUGUUUGCUUCUGGAUUGCACCGAAUUGGCAGCCAUUUUGCAUCACGGUUUUACUCACGAGGACAAACGCAGUCGAGGCACAGUUGACGACGUCACGUUAAAAAAAGCAUCAUCGCAGCAUACAGAGACUGUCUGUUACCAAGUUUCACUAGCUAACACAACGCUGUUUAUUUAAAGGAAGUGUACGUUUGAAAUCUAACCUGUAUUUAAAAAGGGAAUUGUUAAUAAGUGCAUCACACCUACAACUCGUCACUGUAACUUAUA